GUUUUUCUGGAGGGUUUGCGUUCCGGGCCGGCCUUCCUUCCUUCCUUCCUUCCCGUGAAUUGGCCUGGCCUGGCCUGGGGGCCCUUUCUUCUUCCCUCGUCUCCGCCGCCACCGACCGACUCGACCACACAUCUCCUCUCUCUCUCUUCUUUACUGGGAUGGGAUGGGAAUAUGGGAUGGGAUGGAAUUGGAAGCUUGCUCUCCUAAUCUUCUAGCAGUAUUCUUCUGCUCGGGGUAUGUACAAGACGACAAGACAAGACAAGACUAGAGAAGAGGACCAAUGGAGCUCUCGAGGAUCCAAACCCUCCUCCGCCCCCUCCUCCGCCGCCGCCUCCCGGCCCGCUCCAGAACCUUCCAAACCCUAGCCCACUCCCCACCCCGCCCGCGCCGCCUCCCUCCCCACCAUCCCAUUCCCUCUCCUCAUCGCGCCCCGCUCAUCCUCCUCCGCCCCUUCGCCUCCGUCUCCCCGGCCCCGGCCCCGGCCCCCGGGAGUCACCACCUCGACUGCAAGGACCACGGGCCCCCGCCUGCGCCCUUGCCGCCGCCCGAGGACCUAACCUCCGACGACGAGGCCUACUACCACGAGCAUCUGCUUGAGGUCGCGCAGGAGGAGCAGACCCGGGUCGUCCCCGUCAAGGCAUUCUUCCUCUGCACCAGUAUCGACCUGAGGAGCCUCCAGUCCCAGAAUUCGUUCAAUGUUAUCCCACCCACAUCGCGUGCCACCAACUACGUCGUCCUCAGAUACUACGAUGUCAAGGGAGACCCCGAGGGUUUCAAGUCUGGUGUCAUUGAUGAGAGCCAUUGCCACUAUAUGGUGGUUUUCCAAUAUGGUUCCAUUGUGCUGUUCAAUGUUUCUGAUCACGAAGCAGAUGGAUACCUAAAAAUUGUCGAGAAGCAUGCAUCAGGCUUACUUCCAGAGAUGCGAAAAGAUGAUUAUGCAGUUGUGGAGAAGCCUACCUUGGAGACAUGGAUGCAGGGUGGGCUUGACCAUAUCGUGCUUAGGGACCUGAGUGUUGAUGGAAUACGUACAAUUGGAAGUGUCCUUGGUCAGAGUAUUGCGCUUGACUAUUAUAUCCGUCAAGUGGAUGGGAUGGUAGCUGAGUUCACGGAUAUCAAUCGUGGAAUGGAAAAGACUGGCACCUUCACUAUGGAGAGGAAAAAGCUUUUCCAGCUUGUAGGAAAGGCUAACUCUAACUUGGCAGAUGUUAUUCUUAAGCUUGGACUCUUUGAGAGGUCUGACAUUGCAUGGAAAAAUGCAAACUAUGCUCAGAUUUGGGAAUACCUUCGAGACGAAUAUGAGUUAACCCAAAGAUUUGGAAACCUUGAUUUUAAGUUGAAAUUUGUUGAGCACAACAUCAGGUUUCUUCAGGAGAUCCUUCAGAACAGGAAGUCAGAUUUUCUGGAAUGGCUUAUCAUCAUCCUGAUCAGUGUGGAGAUCUUGAUAUCUGUUUAUAACAUCGUCCAGGAGCAGAUGUAGCUCCUUCGGUUACAGGAUUCGUUGCUGGGACUGAAGCCUCGUCAGAGCCACAGCGACACGAAUCACAUGUUUUUGUGGUAGCCUUUUUGUAAAGAAGAAUACUUGCGAGUAGAUCCGAUUCUUGAUGAAUGAUCACAUAGUUUUUGGGGGUGGGGGGAGAAAUUAAGGCUGCGUUUGGUAAUAUCUUUGAGGUGAUUUAGCUAGGACAUGUCAACACUUUGCAAAGGCUGUUGCUGUGUUCCUCAGGAGAUAGUUAACACUAACACAGGUGUUUGCUUUCCACUGUUGCUGUGUUGGAUGAAGGGAAUCAAUCGUAUGAAAAGUAUAGUGCUUUGGGUGAGUCUUGGUGAUAUA